AUGGGACUUUCGGAUGUUUCAAUUGCAUCACCAACUCAGACAGUCUUCCACAGCUGCUCGGGGGUCCUGUUCUUCAUACUGGUGAAUCAGUGUGCAAAUAGCAUUAUAGGUGUCAAAGACCAUGAGGCAAAGGUUAGCCAACCACGGGAGUUCGUCUCUGUUCGAACAGGAGACACUCUUGAACUGGAAUGUCUGGUGACCACUGGAAUUCAACCCGGCUCUGUCAAGUGGUACCUGGGCGAAGGCGCCCAGCGGAAGGAGGUCUAUUCAGACAAAGAAUGGAAACGUUUUAAAAGAGUAAGCAGGAAAUACCGAGAAUCUGACGGAGAUUUUACCAUCUUCAUCCAUAAUGUUACUCUGGAGGAUGCUGGAAAAUAUUUCUGUGUGAAGCAGAAAAAAUCAUCUGAGGAAGACUGGAAAACAGGGGGUGGAACUCAAGUGGUAGUGAAAGAUGCCAGUCAUCACUACCUUAUCCCAGUGGCCAUUGGGAUCGCCUGUCUCCUCCUAGCUGCCGUGACCACCACAGCCUUUUAUUUCGGCAUAAAGAGGAAGAAAGGAAAGAAAUCCUGUACCCUAAGGUCUGAAAAAAUCCCUCCAGAAAAACGAAAAACUGUGAAUGAGACCCAUGCAGAGAAAGAGAUUGUCUAUGCUGAGCUGAAGGAUGCUUGGCCUCCAGAGAGAGCCAAGACAAGGGAUCCAGAAGAGAGUUCCGAAUAUGCCACGGUCCGGGUGAAGAGUGCGAGGUGGACCCCAAAAUCAUCUGGCGCAAAACCUGGGGAUUUGUGUGAAACCCCGGGAGAAAAAGAGGUGCCAGAUUAAUCCACCGUGUCGUUAUCUAUCCAAAACUCACUCUGCUCCAAUCUGUUCUUUCUCUUUAUCUAUCA